AUGGCUCUGGCUCUCCUACCUUCGCUGAUUGAAGCUGUCCCGACUCCUAACCCGUGGGGCCAGACCACAUACUUCCCUGUCGUCGAUCAAUGGCUUCAAGACCAUCAUGCAGGCAAAUACCCCAAGUGUACCGAAGACAAGAUCAAGAUACGCAAGGACUUCGGCUCUAUGCAGCAAGAUGAGAGGAAGGCAUAUACCGACGCCAUCAAUUGUAUAGCCUCAAAGCCCUCACAGCUCGACCAGACAUUAUAUCCUGCUGCUAUUAACCGUUAUUUUGAUUACGCUGUCACCCACGUCAACCUGACUCGUGUUGUCCACCUCGACGGUUUCUUCUUGACAUGGCACCGUUACUAUCUCCAUCUCUUCGAAAAGGACUUGGAGGAGACCUGUGGCUACAAGGGCGCAUUCCCCUACUGGAACUGGCCUGCCACCGCCGAUAAUCUCCAUGGCAGCGCUGUCUUCGACGGGUCAGAGUACUCCAUGUCUGGUGAUGGUGUCUAUGUCGAUUCUGGUCCGGUUGUGCUUUCGCCUACUCUGUCACUUCCUCACGGAUCUGGCGGGGGUUGUGUCACCAAUGGUCCCUUUGCUGGAUGGGAGAGAACAAUGGCUGAUAUUCCUACUACCAACAUCGUUCAAGGCCUGCCGUUGCCUGAGACUGCUUUCAAUCUCAACAGAUCAUGCUUGACUCGGGAUCUCAAUACCUUCGCCGCUCAGACAUGGACAAAUUAUACUGCUCUUUAUCAAGCAUUAGACGCAGAAAACCUACAUGAGUUCGAUGAUUUGAUCAACGGAGUUGUUGGAGGAGGCUCCCUGGGUUUACACUCUGGAGCUCACUUUAUUGUCGGAUCUCCUGGUUCAUCCAUCUUUGUCUCCGUCAUGGAUCCUAUCUGGUGGCCACUGCACGCAAUGCUCGACAACCUCUAUACCUCAUGGCAGAUUCGUCAUCCUGAACUUGCCAAUGACGUCUUCGGUACCGAAACUGCUCAGAACCUUCCGCCUAGCAAUAAUGUGACUUUGGAUUCGGUUCUACCCAAUUGGGGAUAUUUCGAAAAGCAGUCUUUCAGUGUUGGGGAGCUUAUCAGCACAACUGCAGGCCCCUUCUGUUACAAGUACGACGUUGCAUUGUAA